GAGAAAAAUUCUGCCCCCUGUCCCAAAAUCCCGAAAGGAAAAAAGGAAAGGAGAAAGAAAGCGCCUUUCCUUGCCGACUCGGCCUUCCUCCGUCCGUCCUCGCUUGCCGUCUCCUCCCCUCCACCGCGCGCACCCGUCGCGGCCGGCCCCGUCGUCUCCCCCUCCACCCGCGCGUCCCGGCGUCGCCGCCCGCGUCCGCCAGAGGAUCUCUGAAAACUUAACUUGUGUGUGUGCGUUGUCGCUGUUGCUUACACAUCGACAACCUUUGGCGUAGCUGAGCUCAUUGCGUUUGGAAUCGAUUCAUUCGGUGUGUCUGGCUUGUAUAUGAGCUCACAAGUCUCCACAUCGCGGGGUUUACAUCCCCCAGAGAAAAUUAUGGCAUACGAGUCCCCUCCCACAUGGCCACUGUCGGUGCCUACGAGCAAGGCUGAGGCAGGUAGCAGCGAUGACCAGGAGGUUAGGCUGUUGUCGGUUUCUUGGAAUCAGGAUUGUGGUUGCUUCGCUGCUGGCACAAGCAAUGGCUUCAGAAUCUUUAACUGCGACCCUUUUAAGGAGACUUUCAGGAGGGAUCUGAAGAGUGGUGGGUUUGGGAUAGUUGAGAUGCUGUUCCGCUGCAACAUCCUUGCUCUUGUAGGUGGCGGCUCCAAUAUGCAUUAUCCGCCCAACAAGGUGAUGAUCUGGGAUGAUCACCAGAGCCGCUGUAUUGGGGAGUUUACCUUCCGCUCUGAUGUACGGGCCGUAAAAUUGGGGAAAGAUAACAUUGUGAUUGUCCUUGAGACAAAGAUAUAUGUUUAUAACUUUACGGAUCUGAAGAUGCUCCAUCAGAUAGAGACCCUGUCAAAUCCUAAAGGACUGUGCUGUCUCUCUCAUCAUUCCAAUACUUCAGUGCUGGCCUGUCCUGGGCUGAGUCAGGGACAUGUUCGGGUAGAGCAUUUUGGGCUAAAGGUGACAAAGAUGAUUACAGCCCAUGAUUCACACAUUUCUUGCAUGGCCUUGACUAUGGAUGGUCUCUUGCUGGCAACGGCAAGUAUGAAGGGUACUCUAAUCAGAAUAUUUAACACGAUGGAUGGCACUCGCCUGCAAGAGGUGCGCAGAGGUCUUGAUAAAGCCGAGAUAUACAGCAUUGCACUGUCACCAAAUGUGCAAUGGUUGGCAGUGUCCAGCGACAAAGGAACGGUUCAUAUAUUCAGUCUAAAAGUCAGGGUUGCGGGUGAAGAUUCAAGUAAUGAUCAGCGUACCCUUGAAGCUCCACGGAUGGAUCAUCAGAAUUCUUCUACCUCUAUGGAUCCUCUUAUACAAACAAACACUGGAUCCAAUGCAAGCUCAUCACUGUCUUUCAUGAAAGGGAUUCUGCCGAGGUACUUCAGCUCAGAGUGGUCAUUUGCUCAGUUCCAUUUACCGGAAGUCACACGUUACAUCGUAGCUUUCGGCGCUCAAAACACUGUAAUGAUGGUUGGCCUGGAUGGCAGCUUCUACAGGUGCAUCUUUGACCAAGUAAGCGGCGGGCAGAUGACCCAGAAGGAAUACUCACGGUUUCUGAAGACUGACUACCCUCCCUUGAGGACAUUGACCGCGUAAACCGCGUGACGACGCUGCACCGACAUGUACAUACAUAGAAGGUUGUGCUCUGUCCAUUGUACAUAUAUCGCCCCCCUUGCCAGCAAGGCUCUAGGCCGGUCGCCGGAAUAAGGAGCGCCGGGGUGUCCGGCCGCAACCUGCCUGCCUGCCCAUUUUGCUGCAGAUGCCCUUGGCCCGUCCAAAUUGCAUUGUUUGUUCGACGUAUGUAUGUACAAGCACAUAUGCCCGUGCGUUGCAACGGGAUGAUAAAAUUAUAUACCUCUAGCUCAAUAUAAGAAUGGAUCAAGACCCUCA